ACCCUGGGAACGAGUUUGUCUCGUUGUCAACACAAUGACAACCCUUGUCGAAAGUGUCUUUCCGAGAAACUCUUCUUGAAGAUUCUGAGAAGUUCCUUCUUUCCACAUGCUCCAGUUCCCCAGAAUCUCAGGCAAUGACGUCAGGCGACGACGUCAAGUGAAACGAUUUGACUCUGAGAAGGAGGAAGUUUCUCCGUCACUCAAGUCAGACAGUCCCCACAAACGCCAUGGCGGAAGCAAGUUCGAGUUCUCCCGCUAAACCAGAGAAAAUAGCUCUGGAUCUUGGCCAUUUCCAUAAAUACGAGUCUAUACGUAUCGAGUGGACCAAACACUUCGAGAACAAUUGUUUUGAUGAAGCUCAUAUUGUGAAAGGUUUCUUCAAAACUUUCCACCGUACUCACAAAGGAUUCCAGUUUGUAGUAGCAGAGCUCUUUGACGGUACGACUCAUCUUGUGGUUCGUGCUGAUGACUACCAAGGGAUCAAAGAAGAAUUGGAGCGGAGAACGAAGAAAAAUCUGCCUAAAGUUAGCCAUGUCUCGGGCGUGAAGAUUAAGGAAGAAAGAAAGUCUUUCCCAGACUUUGAGUCACACCGAGAGUUUUCCAUGUCCCUUAAAAGUGAGAAUGAUAAAAUAAGACAAAGGAGAAGAGAAGAAGCAAAGAAACAUUUAAAUAUGCUCCGCGAUUCGCUAAAAAGUAAGCCUUACCCUCGCGUAAUGGCGUUUGACGUGGAAACCUAUGAAUACGACAAAGUUACCGUCCUUGAAGUUGGCUACGUCAUCGCAAAAAUUGACAAGCCGGAAGAGCAGGAGACGUUCCAUUACAUUAUCGAGGAGAAUCUCCACUUUUCAAACAAAGAUUUUGUCCCUGACAACCGGGAGCGAUUCAAGUUUGGUACCUCAAAGCGUGUGUCUCUUGUGGAGGCGGCAGAAAAGUUCCAGAAGCAUAUCGCGGACAUAGAUUUCUUGGUGACCCACGCUGGCCAUAAUGAUGAACAGUACCUUGCAGGGUGUGGAAUAUCUUUAAAAGGAAAACAGAUAUUUGAUACGCAGAUGCUGGCAAUGGCUUUGCUGACUGGUGGUCCCCAGACUUACAGCCUCAAACGAUUGCUGGGUGACCUGGCGAUCGAGUAUGACGAAAAUGUUUUACACAACGCAGGGAAUGAUGCAGUUUACACAUUGAAGGCGUUCCUCGGUCUCUACAAAAAGAAUUAACCUUCAAACUUCUCCAGCUUAAUAACAACUUCGUAUUGUACAUUGAACUACAGUAAAAACCCGCAUACAAGAACACCCAUUUUCGGGGUUCAGGCUGAUUGGGUUCUUAUUUAUCGGGUUUCUUAGGUGAAAUCAGCCUGAAAGUGUUCUCAAGUGUUCUUGAUUUUUUACUUCUAAAAAAAUUUAAGGGAUUUACUAACUAUGAUGAAAUACAUAACUUUGAGAGAAAAUUAAACUUGAGACACAACAUUAGAAAAGAAAUUGCACAACCGAGCAUACUUUUCAUGUAAUUAUAAGACUUUUAAUUCCAAAUACAGUUGUUGUACAUUUGCUAUACACAGCAAGUGAAAUUACGAGCAUUUAUACAGAGAUC